UUCUCUCUUUCUCUCUCUCUCUCUCUCUCCUAUGCCUAAUCUAUUCCGAUACCGUUUCGCCUUAUAAUUAUUAAUAAAACGACACGUACUGUUUUUCUUGGCCUGAAAAAAAAAAUUCUAGUAUCGGACUUAAACAAAAAAAGGGGAAGCAGGAGAACUCUUUGCUUACUUUGCUCUCUUUCGUUCUCUGAGGAGAAAUCGGUCAUGGCUGAGACAGAGAGCCAAGCGCAGCAGACGAAACGACAGGAGGACCAGCAAAAAGACGAUUUAGAAGGUGAAGAGGAGGAGGCGGAGGAGGAGGAGGAGGAGGACGAUGAGUUGGAGGAGGAAGAGGAAGAAGAAGAAGGAAUGAGUCGAGCGAGUGAGUCACAGGGUGCUGGAGCGGCGCCGUCCAGUGAUGCCGAGUUGAGAGACUCGCAAACCCUAACGAAUGAUGAUCGUUGGGAAGGUUUGCAGGUGAAUUCUUCUUCGGAAUCGAAGGAAAGAGCUGAAUUUAAGGAGCAAGUUAAGGUAGCCCAGCAAGAAGUUUUGCCUAGUUUGGUGGUCCAGGGUGCUGAAGCUCAGACACAAAAUCAGCCCUGGUUAUCUGUUUCUCCAACUUCUUUGCCACAAUCGUCACCAACUUCUGUUGCACAAGGUGUAUUAUCUGCUCCCACUCCAACUCUACCAGAAGAAUGCCUUUCAGAUCAGAAGGUUAAUGGUGCAUCUGUGCCAGAAGCAAACUGGCAAACAUCUUCUAAUCUUAAAACAGUAUCUGUUGUUCCCAUUGUGAAGACACCAGUGUCUGAUGGUUACAAUUGGCGGAAAUAUGGUCAGAAGCAAGUGAAGAGUCCUAAAGGUUCUCGAAGCUAUUACAAAUGCACAUUCUCUGAUUGUCGGGCCAAAAAGAUAGAAUGCUCUGAUCACACAGGCCAUGUAAUAGAGAUUGUUAAUAAAGGCAUGCAUAGUCAUGAACCACCACGGAAACAUAACUUGACAAGAGAAAGUAAGGUCGUAUCAUCUGCUGUGCCUAUUUCUCGGAAUAUUGUUACAGAACAGCCCAUCAGAAUACCUAAUGAUUCUGAUCUGUCAACAUCUUCUAAAGAUUCUGUUCAGGAAACAACUGUAAAUCCCGAAAGAAAACGACAGUGUUCAAGUGGCUCAGAUGGGAACGGUGAUGUGCAAGUGAAGGAAGAGCAUUUGAGUGAACCAGAGCCAAAAAGAAGGAUGAAGAAAGGCAAUGCAGUUUGUUCUGGUUCUGUUUUAAAAUCUGGGAAAAAACCUAAAUUUGUAGUGCAUGCAGCUGGUGAUGUAGGGAUCUCAGGUGAUGGAUACAGAUGGCGGAAAUAUGGACAGAAAAUGGUGAAAGGAAAUCCAAAUCCCAGGAACUACUACAGAUGUACUUCUGCUGGGUGUCCUGUUCGUAAGCAUAUUGAGACUGCUGUAGAUAAUACAAAUGCUGUCAUUAUAACAUAUAAAGGUGUUCAUGAUCAUGACAUGCCUGUACCAAAGAAGCGACAUGGCCCACCAAGUGCUCCUCUUGUUGCUGCUGCUGCUCCUGCUUCUAUGAACAACUUACAAUUUAAAAAAACUGAUGGAGUGCAAAACCAAGUAACAUCAACCCAGUGGUCAGUGGGUACAGAAGGUGAAUUGACUGGUGAGGCCCUAGACCUUGGAGGUGAGAAGGCAAUGGAAUCAGCUCGAACACUUCUGAGUAUUGGAUUUGAAAUCAAGCCAUGCUGAACUUAAUGGGCAUUUUAUGUUGUUAACAUCAGGCAUGUCUCCAUAUAAAGUAUUGAUUGGUCAGGUUUGAUUUUUCCUUGUCUUAUUUGUAGUUGUUUCCUCGUUAUUGCUCUAGUUUCCAGUGAGGCUGUAUAUUUUUCUGUUGCAUACCCUCUCAAUCUGUUUGGAACAAGGUAAUAGUAGUGGAACAAUAUAGAUUUGGUUGGCAACCCUUUUCUCA